UCAACAAGCUAUCUUAUCUUUCAUUAUCAAUAGGCGUGGGAGCAACAUUGCAUUCGCCUUUAUUCAUUUGUUUCAUAGUAAAAUAACUAUUUGUUAUUUUUAUUUAAAAUAUUGUCUAGGAAAAAACCACAAUGUGACUGUCGAUAAAAAAAAGUAUAAGAUUGGCUGAAAUGUAAUCAUAAGAAAGUUAUUGUAGUGUAUUUUGGUGAAGAUGGGAGUUUGUGAAUUGGAUAAAGAAGUGUCUGGUGAAAUUUUGGGAUGGAAGCUUCCAGCUUGGCAAGCGUUGUUAUUACAUCGUGUUUUCCCCUCUUGCGGGGGAUUAGUAAAUUAUCUCUUCAUCAUUUGUUUUGAUUUCGCAUUGGUGUAUGAACAUUAUCAGAAUAAAAGUAAUGUGUUAGCCGUAUUCUGCUUGAUAAUAAUAUUCUUACCAGCUGUAAUAUCUCUUGUUUUUACCCUGGCGUCUCCACCACCUACAUUGCUACCAGAAGAUCAUACAUUUCAUGUGAAAAUAACAUCAUCUGACGUCAGAUGGAUUUUUAUGCAACUUGGGAAUGCUAUUUUCUUUCCCAUUGCUACCAUUGGCAGGUACAGUUACCUUAUAUUCUGGUGGACUGAAGCUGUGUUUGCAGCUCAUUCACAUGAUGAACAAAGAACGCAGGUUGCUCUUACCGAAGCGCGCGCCCCUUCUUCGGUAGAGCUAUAUUUAUUUCUACAGGCGUUCGUACAUUCUGCACCACUCGCAGUCAUAAACUUAUUAGAUAUGAUGUCCAAUUAUAAUAAUCCUACUUACGAUAAGAUGCUCCUUCAAGCGGUCAGUUUGGUUGCAUCUUCGUUGCGAAUGGCGAGUACUGCUACUCUAUAUAGAAGAUUCGAAAGAGAAAAGAUAUGCGGCCGUAGAUAUCCGUGGAACAUUAAAUUCGACGAUCAGAUAGAAAGUAUACAUAAAAAAGAAAUAAAUAGUAGCAUCGACGACGAGCCCGUAUACGAACCUAUUAUUCAAAGAAGAGAACAACUAUCAUCAAACACGCAAUCGGAUACCAUAAACGAAAAAGUUAAUAGUGAUUUUAUACAAUUUUCUCCGCGUCAUUCGUUGAGGAUCUCAUCGUUUUACGACGACGAUUGCGAUUGUGACAGUGAUACAAGUUCAGAUUACGUGCCACCGACAAAUAAACAGGAAGCGACGGAUAGCGAUGACGAGUACGUCAGACCAAUAUCGAUCAUAGAUAAAGUGGCACCUCGCAGACGAGACACAUAUAACAUAGAACAGGUGAACGUGACCCCUCCGCCGCUGACGUAUGCUCCGAGGCCAGGUUCUUUGGCGGUUUGGGCCGAGAAAUUGGUUGAGAACGCGGAGUCGAUCCCGGCGUGGCUGUCGGCGCCGCCGCGUAGGAAGCACGUGGAAGUGAUCCAGGACGAGCCCGAGCUGCCGCGUCGUGUGCCGCGCUCGCGAGUCCGCGGUCUCGAGCCGCAAGACGUCUCGGCUGCUUUCAUACAUUUCCUGGGCUGGUACGGAUUCUUUGUCGCGCGAUUGCUCUCUCUAGCCGCAUUUAUUAACUUUUCACCUUUUUUCUCAAUAAUAGUUUUAUUUAUACAUUACCAAAUAAUGUUACUUUUAUUAAUAGUGCCGCAAGCUCCCACCGUUAGGCGGGCGUUUUAUAUAUUCCUGGCGUUCAUUUAUUUGUUUUGUUUGAUGGAGUUCAAAAUUCGUUUCCGUCACGUUCGCGUGUGGCACAUUUUUUGGUUUCUCGUUUGCAGCGCCGAGAUUGUGAUAUUUAUUUCUUUGUGGUCCACUAUUGAUAAUCCAUUACACAAUUGGUGGAACUACUUUAUUGUUACCGUCACUAUUACCAGCAUGUUACUUAGUUAUAUGUUGUUUCUAAUAUAUUUUUUAAUACUUCAGCCUAGGGAGACCGUUGUACAUGUAGAUAGUAUCAAAAGUAAAUCUUUCAAAGUUAACAGACACACCAUAUAGUUAGAUUCAAAUGGAUAAAAUUUGUUUAAAAUUUGUUUUUGUUUAAUGUUUUUAAUAUGAAAAAAAUAUUGAUGUUUUGCUUUGUAGGUACUAAGAAUAACUUUUUGCGUACAAUUGAACAUUCUAAGAAUUUUGAUUGAACACAUCUGUUGGUUAUAACGUGUUUACUUAUUCUUAUGGUUUUAGAUUGUAUCUACUUCUCAGUUCUCUUCUUCUGUUUUUAUAUGAUUUUUAUGUAAUAUAUUAUUUCGGUACCAAUUAUUAUACCACCUACUUACUUAUAAUAUUGAUUAUUUUAUUCGAAAUGAUUAUGAUAUUCACAAAUUUUCAGUUUCAUAUUAUUUAUAAUUUUUAAACUGUAAAAGUACAAUAUUCAGAUGGUAAGAAUAUUUUUUUUUUACAUUGCUAGUAUUUAUGCAUAAUAAAAACUGUAAAUUAUUUUGGCUGUGAAGUUAACCAGUAAACGAAAUGAUGAAACAAUAUUA